AUGAAAUCUCUCGCGAUUCCGAGUCGCAGCAGUGGGAUAGUGGCGAAAAAGGCGACCUUGGAGACGAAUUCCCGCAGCGCUUGGCGCCAGGCAAAGUUUCGCGUAGUUUGUAACGCGCGACAUGGGGUUACCAGUCGGGGGACCACUACCUCUGGGACAAGCAGCAGGAGCAGCAGUACCAGCAGCAGGAAGGGGAAUGCUGACAAGGCAGAGAAGAGGGAGACGGGGAAAGGGGAAACGGCGGGGAAGGUGGCGGGGAAGGGGGAGGCGGCGGAAGGAGAGCAGGAGCUUGGCGGGGAAAAUCGGCCGCUUAGGCUGGUGGUGAAUGGGGGAGGGGCGGCGGGCGUGUUUGGCGCGAUUCGAGCCAAGGAGAUGGCGCCUGGUUUGGAGGUCAGAGUGGUGGAGAAGAGUCAACCGCUGGGGAAGGUGCGCAUAUCAGGGGGCGGGCGUUGCAACGUCACCACAGGUCUCACAGCCGACCCUAUGCACCUCUCCUCCCACUACCCACGGGGUCAUCGGGAGCUCAAAGGCUCCUUCUUCCGCACACACGGCCUGGCAGACACGGUCGAGUGGUUCACCCAACGAGGGGUGCCGCUCAAGACAGAAACAGACGGCCGCAUGUUCCCCGUGUCAGACUCCUCCCAAUCAGUCAUUGACUGCCUGCUCUCAGAAGCACAGCAGCUCUCAGUGACCAUCUCGCCUGGCUGGCCUGUAUCAUCCAUCUCUCGCACCCCUGCAGGCCAGUUCCUCAUCACCUCCUCCAAAAAGGCUCCACCGAUUACCAAUAGCUCCUCCUCUCCCUCCUCCUCUCCCUCCUCCUCCACCUCCCCUCUCUCCCUCAUGGCUGAUUUCGUUCUUAUCGCCACCGGUGGGUCAAUCAAGGGUCAUGACAUGGCAGCAUCUCUAGGUCACUCCAUCAUCCCUCCCUGUCCGUCACUCUUCACUUUCAACAUCCCUGACACUGCUCUCACUGCUCUAGCAGGGGUGUCUCUUGAAAACGUGUCUCUCAAGCUGCUCGUUCCAUCCUCCCCUUCUUCCUCCUCCGCCCUUUCACCCCUCACAUCCACCACUGCUGCCACCACCACCACCACUCCCACCGAGACUGCUGAUGCUGCCGCUGCCACUGCUUCUGCUCCUGCCGCCGUUGCCAGCACUGCUAAAACCAAGCAAAAGCUGCGGAAAGACAAGGAAACAUCCUUCACGCAGCGAGGGUCCCUGCUCUUCACGCACUGGGGAGUGAGCGGCCCGGCUGUGCUGAAACUCUCCGCCUGGGCUGCGAGGAAUUUGCAUGCCUCGGCUUACACUGCAACCCUAGUGGCUGACUUUACCCCUCAUCUCUCCGCUGCUUCGCUGCUCUCUGCCCUCACUACUGCCAAGUCAUCACUUCAGAAAAAACAAAUCGGUACCACUGCUCCAGUGGAGCUGAACCUUCCCAGAAGGUUCUGGUGCUACCUGCUUGAUCGUGCUGCAAUCAAUCCAGACACCCUCUGGGCACACGUGUCAAAGGCCCAUUUGCUCGCCCUUGCUGAUGUCAUCCACAAAGCUGAGCUGGCAGUGGCAGGGAAGGGUCGGUUUAAGGAUGAAUUUGUGACUGCAGGUGGUGUCCCUCUAAAAGAGGUCAAUCUCGCAACAAUGGAGAGCCGUCUCGUUCCCAACCUUUACUUCGCAGGCGAGAUACUGAAUGUGGAUGGAAUCACAGGGGGCUUCAAUUUCCAGGCCCCGAAAGUCCCCAGAUGUUUUAGGCUUGCCCGGCUCCGCCAGAAUAUUCAUGCAGACUAG